CAAUAAUGAAAAUCUAGAAAACAAUUCGGAUAACUCAAUCCCACAGGCAAAGCCUGCAUUCCACCUCUGCAACAAAGAAGAGAGGAAGAGUUAAAAAUGGCGGCAACCUCCGUCUCUGCCUCGCUGGUCUCUUCAGUUACUAUCUCUAGUUCUUCUUCAUUCGCCUCCAAAGCAACUCUCACUUCAGCAAAGCUUUCGUCUUUGCCCUUUCCUUUAUCUACGCUGUCCAAUUCCGGUCUUAGUAAUGCCUUCAGGACACCGAAACCCUCGUUGCUGAGUUCAUCUUCAAGCCGGGCCUUUGUCGCUCCUGAAGCUUUGGAUUCUCAGGAAACGCUAAACCCACCUUCUGAAACCUUUGAUGACUCUGAUUCCGGCACUUAUGAGGUUUCAAGUUCCGAGACUCCGGGUUCUCCAUCACUCGACAUUGGUACCGAUACAGACAAUAUGGCCCCAAAGCAGAAGAUCAGAAUUAAACUUAGGUCAUACUGGGUACCCUUGAUUGAAGAUUCCUGCAAGCAGAUAAUGGAUGCUGCAAGGAAUACGAAUGCCAAAACCAUGGGUCCUGUGCCGUUGCCUACAAAGAAGCGAAUCUACUGUGUACUAAAAUCCCCUCACGUACACAAGGAUGCAAGAUUUCACUUCGAGAUUAGAACUCACCAGAGGCUAAUCGACAUUCUCUACCCAACUGCUCAAACAAUCGAUUCUCUUAUGCAGCUUGACCUCCCUGCUGGAGUUGAUGUGGAGGUCAAGCUAUGAGAAAGCAAUGCUUCAUUUAGCUCGUCGAGGUCUUCCACCUCUACAAACAGCAAGGAAAUGAAAGUUCGGUGUUCUACCAAAAGCUGGUGGAGUACGUGAACAGGGUUCUGUAAGAAACCGUGCUACUAGUUCAAUUAAUCACCCUUUUAGAUUCUUUGCUUAAAUGAUUUUGAUAGGUGUGUGGUAUGAAGAAUACAGAUAGUAGGCGGGACAUGUUCUUUUGUUACUCUGCGUAACGGGGUUGGGAAAAAGGAUAGGGGCAUCAUAGAACACUUCUCUGGUCACUAUCGCCAUGAAGGUGCUGGAAUGCUGCUAACUGUGCUCCUUGAUGAGGCUGCAUAGGAACAUUGUCAUUGCCUUAUGCCUAGCAUAUCUUGUUUCAUUCGUUGCACCUACUCAAACUAUCAUCAUCGUGAUUCGUGAAUUUGUUCCAGCCAUUCUUUUUGUUGUUUAGCCUAAAUCAGAUUGCCGAGAUUGCUACUGGCUAAGUGGCUAUGAUGAUUUGCCUCUCCAAGGUUCUGAAAGACCACAUCUGCGAAAAGAUGAUGAUCUUUUGUUAUGUGAAGUAAUAAAAGUGAGUGACACGACCGGACCGUCGCAUUGAGUGGAAAAGUUGGAGUCUUCUUCCUCUUUUCCAUCCUCUUGUUUCAUAUUGGUAGCUCGGAUAGGGACCGUAAACUCUUCCGAAUCAUUAAAGUUGCUUGUUUCUUUCUUUUGACUGGUACCUUUUUCUAGGGUGUCAAUGGCCGCAUACCACCCAUACAAGUGGAUUGAGCUUUUUUCAAUGUCAUUAUUGUCGACAAUGUUAUCUUGUCUCCAAAUAUCGUCAAUAUUCCUCCAUUUCCGUAGUCAUGGCUCACGACUGUUUCUCUGGUUUUCCACAGUAAUACCAUCUGCCAAAAUUGAGUGGUAGCAGACACACGCACGCAUUACUGUGUACAUGUAACUAUGGAGUGCACAUGGCUCAGUCGGGCAGACUGAAUUCCACCAUUUUUAAACAGAGCCGGCUGUUUAUCCACCAUUGACCACAAGCUAUGAAACCUCCUAUUACUAGAAUGAACACAGGGAAGGAGCUGGCCGCGUAUGCCUCCUAGUGAUCAGGUUUUAGCAACGACGGCCCAAGAAAUCCCGUAAGGAAAGUGAUAUGGAGCUGGAUUGCCAGUCAUUCCCCAUACGCAAUCGAUAGCGUCGGCCGCCGGCGCAUUUUUUUUCUUCUUCUAUAUAUUUCGACGGAAAGCCCAUUCGUGGUAGUUAGUGUAUGGAGGUAAUGGAAGGGAAGAUUGUAUUUGGAUGUCCAAGAUAAUAUUAUCAUAAUAUAUUUGUAUAUUAUUAAUACUCUGGUCGACGGAGGAGCAAAGGCAAAGCGAAAGUCAUUCAAGAGAACACAGUUAACGCCUUGACGGACUGUCGCCCCCGCGACAGAGAGGAGACAGUCAAAGAUUAUGGAUCUGUGGGCUGCGGCGUCAGCACUAACGUCACAAUAGUGUUGUUUGAGCACAUUGGGUUGCUUUUCUUUUCUUCCCCUUUUGGUUUUACUUGCUUGCUUGACUGCCCAAAUGAUUGUAUAAUACUUUACUUGAAUAAACCAUAAC